AUGUCGCGCAUUAAGGUCGCUGCGGGGCGAAAACGUUAUUUUGUAUGCUCAUUUCGAGCGUUCCUGUACCCAAAGCCCGCUGGUUUUCAGUCAGUGCCGCGUGUGGCGCCACUGUCGACGGUGGGCGUCGCGACGCACCGAAAACGACCCCGCGCCGCUCCCUCGCGCGCCGCCCGAAAAGAAAAACGUACACCGUACCACAAAAGUGAUAGCAGCACACGCGAAAUCCCAAGGCCC